AAAAUCUCAGCAAAUAUUUGCUGUGCUAUAUGGAGCCGUGAAAUAAUCACUGAGAUUCAGUUUACAGUCACUCGGAUGAAUGCCAAUUGUGUAGAGAAGCGAGAGUUUUCCCCUUUCAAUGGAGAUUUUCAAUUUGAUCUUUCCGUUUAAAAGUUCUUAACAACUCAGACGGGAAAAAAGCGCGAUUUUGGAGUCCCAAGAGUCUUGAAAUACCAGUCUGUGAUGAGAUGUAUGAGGCGUGAGAAUUUGUUUUUCUAGAUUCUCAUACUCAAAAAGGGAAAAAUCUAUCAUUUUCCAGACUCAAUCCUGGAAUCACACAGCUGUGGGUGCUUACUCAGGAUUUGGUGAUGGGUUUGGAGAAAGAGAAAGAAAAGGAUGGAGUAGUGGUUUGGGGAUUUGGAUUUAAUGGUAUGGAGACCAAAAUUCUCAUGGUGACAAUUCUGGCCAUGGGAAUAAUGCUCAUUGCCAGCCAGAACAUUUCAUUUUGGGAAUUCAGCAAUGGGUUCUGCAAGAACUUAGCAGACAAAUUUCUGCUCAAAGAAUCGAACUUGCAUAACACCAUUAACAGCAUUGCUGGCAGAUCUGAAUCCGAAGAGGAGGAAAAAGAAGAGAGAACUGACAAGAGGGUGUUUCGACCUUAUGGCAAUGGAGCAUACUUGUUUAUCCAGAUGGGUGCUUACAGAGGUGGAGAAACUACUUUUGCUGUAAUUGGGCUGGCAUCUAAGCCUCUGCAUGUUUUUGGGAAGCCUGGAUUUGAAUGUGAAUGGAUUCCCAGGAAUUCGAACCUGGGACCUGUGAAAGGGAAAAUUCAUAAGAUCCUGCCUGAUUGGGGCUAUGGCAGAGUUUAUACUGUGGUGGUCCUCAUCUGCACUUUUGCAGAGCCCGUAGGUGCUGAUAAUGGCGGUGGGCAGCUCAUUCUUUAUGCCGACAAUGGCAGCGAUUUUGAGCACCCAGAGCGAAUUGUGGCUCUGACAGAAAAAGAAAAUGUUUUUAAUGCCUCUGUUUUCACAGGGCCUCCACAGUAUGAUUAUCUCUACUGUGGGUCUUCUUUGUAUGGAAAUCUGAGCCCGCAGAGAAUGAGGGAAUGGAUGGCUUAUCAUGCUAAAUUCUUCGGGGAAAAAUCGCAUUUUGUUUUUCAUGAUGCAGGAGGAGUAAACCCAGAAGUACGAAAAGUUCUGGAUCCAUGGAUUGAGGCAGGGCGUGUGACAUUGCAGGACAUCAGAGAUCAGGAACAGUUUGAUGGGUAUUAUCAUAACCAGUUCUUGAUUGUAAAUGAUUGUUUGCACAGGUACAAAUUCAUGGCUAAAUGGACAUUUUUCUUCGAUGUGGAUGAAUUUCUGUAUGUUCCGGGUGGCUCGAGUAUUGAUUCUGUUGUUCAAAGAUUCUCCGAUUUCACUCAGUUCACCAUUGAGCAGUACCCCAUGUCCAACAGAUUGUGCUUGGAGCUUGAAAACUCUGAGAAUUAUUCCAGUGAAUGGGGAUUUGAGAAACUGGUUUUCAGAGAUGUGAAGAAGGGCAUUAGAAGAGAUCGAAAGUAUGCAGUUCAGGCAAGAAAUGUGGAUGCUACAGGCGUUCACAUGUCUCAAAACUUCCAUGGAAGAAACGAGCACAAGACAAAUGGGAAGAUCCUGUAUUACCAUUUUCAUGGUACAAUUUCCCGCAGAGAUGAGCCCUGCAAGGAAUUUGUGAAGCCCUCCAUGAAAGGCGAGGUGAGAUUGGUCCAAAACACUCCAUAUGUAUAUGAUGGUACGUUGAAAGAAAUUGCAGCAUCCAUUAAACAGUUUGAGGUAGAGCAAAUAGGAUCUAGGCUUGAAUCUACUGUACAAUGAAUAUUAUCAGUUAAGAACAAUUUGUUGCAGUGUAAGUUGGCCAGUUCAUCAAAAUCAGUGGGGAUAUUAAAAGAUUGAAUUUUGAAAUAUUCAUGAUAUGAGCCAAAUGUUUUGGUGGGCAGAUAACAAUUUGUAAGGGUAGAUUUAGAACAGUUUUUGUAUAUCAAAUUAUUCAACUGUCACAAAAGUUCACAGGGGAGUUAUUGCCACAUCAGAGUCGAUUGUAAUUAGUAGUUGCCUUCUAUGAAGUUAUUAAUGCAUUUAUAAUUUAUAAGUUGUCAA